CUAAAAAUUUAUCUUUACCUAAGCUUUAGGCGGUCUAUAUAUCUUUACCUAAGCUUUGAGUGGUCUUUACAGUUUGUUUCUAUGCAGUUGCUAAGCGGUGCGCGGGCCGGCUAAGCGUGUGGUGCUGCGGAACAGUUGCCAAUCAAUCAAGACUGAAAGGAGCAACAACAGCUGUUGCCAACAAAAUGCCACACACACAAGCGAGUAAGAGUUGGGUUGCCACCUGUCUGGUGCUAGCGGCAUUGCCGACGUUAUGUCUGGGACUGCUAGAGGGUCUGUAUUGUGGCAAAGAGAACUGCUACGAUGUGCUCGGCGUGACGCGUGAGACCUCCAAGGCGGAGAUAGGCAAAGCCUAUCGUUUGCUGGCGCGCAAAACUCAUCCGGAUUUGCACCGUGGCGAGGAGGCCAAGGCGGUGGCGGAGGAGCAGUUCAAGCUGAUAGCCACUGCCUAUGAGAUAUUGCGCGAUGAGGAGUCACGCAACGAUUAUGACUAUAUGUUGGACAAUCCCGAUGCAUACUAUGCUCAUUAUUAUCGCUACUACAGAAGGCGCGUGGCGCCCAAAGUGGAUGUGCGUGUGGUCAUAGUGGCCACACUAACCAUUAUAUCAAUCAUACAAUACUAUUCUGGCUGGCAGCGCUAUGAUGCAGCCAUUAAAUAUUUUGCUACGGUGCCCAAGUAUCGCAAUCGUGCGCUGGACAUAGCGCGGGAUGAGAUCAACGAGCGUCUGCACAAAAGCAAGGGCAAGAAUCGUAUGAGCAAGACGGAGCAGAAGGAAGAAUUGGAGCGCAUUAUACUGCGUGUCAUUGAGGAGAAGAUGGACGUGCAAGGUGGCUAUGCCAAGCCACGCGUCACGGAUGUCAUAUGGGUGCAGUUACUUAUUUGUCCAUAUACCUUGUUCAACUUCUUGGUGUGGCAUGCGCAAUGGUUCUGGCGUUAUACCAUAUUGAAGCAGCCCUAUGGCCGGGAGCAGAAGCUAUAUCUUAUACGUCGCCACAUGGGCAUGGGACAGCAUCAGUUCAAUGCGCUGGAACCACAACAGCUGGAGGAUUAUCUGAGGCUGCAGCUGUGGGAGCGCGACAACUAUGUCGCCUGGAAGGCCGAUCAGGAUGAAGAGAUGAAGAAAAAGCUGGCGGAGAAUCCACGCUAUAAGGCCUACAGGCGCUAUAUGAAGAAUCAUGGUCCAGGACGCAUUACUUUCGAGGAUUAGUCAGCCAAAUGCUGCCCCCCUAAUUUUUAUACAUUUGUAUUUAUAAUUUUUUUUUGUACACUUUUCCAAACCUACUUUGAUGCUGAGGGGGGAGCAAAUAGUCUUAAAAUAUAAAUUUAAAUUAUGUUAAUAAUUGUGUGUGUUAGCCCAUGGGCAAAACGUUGACCUCGCCGCCGAAACCGGUUCAGAAACGUGCUCCGUCACUCGUGCCCACCUCACUGGUUGUUCUUGGCAACGUGCGUUCUUCUCUACUUUCUUUAUCUUUCCAAGCCAACAAUAUGAAAAACAAUGCUGAAAAUGAAACUUAAGCAAAAAAAAGAAAAAGAUUAUGAAAUAAAUAGGAAACAAC